AUGAUUCUUUCUCGAACAAAAACUGACUCAGGAAAGUCACAACGUGGUUCUGGGACGUUAGUGAAGAAACGGCAGAUUCCGACAUUUGACGAAUUUUUAUUGAAACGUGAUUAUAUUGGAGCUAAAACAGUUCUCAAACUAUCAAAAGAUUAUGACGAGGAAGAUGAACAGACGAAAGCAUAUUGGUUGGCAUAUUGCGAUUUUCAUUUGGGGGAGUAUAAAAUUUGCUUAGAACAAUACGAGAAAAUUUACAUUGCAAAUCCAACCAAAGAUGUUGCUUUAAAUAUUGGCGUUUGUCAAUUUUACUUGGGAAUGUAUGAAGAAUCUCAAAAGUCAAUUGAUGAUUUACCAGAAUCUCAAUUAAAGAUUCGGCUGCUAUUUCAUCUUGCACAUAAACUUGGUGACGAUCAACGAUUGAUGGAACUUCAUGGAGUUUUGAGAGAUGUCAUUGAAGAUCAGUUGUCAUUGGCAGGUCUUCAUUAUUUGCGUGGUCAAUAUCAAGAAGCUAUCGAUAUCUACAAACGCAUUCUCUUGGAUAAUAAACAAAUGCUUGCAGUAAAUGUUUAUGUUGCUUUAUGCUACUACAAACUCGAUUAUUUUGGGAUGUCACAAGAAGUUCUCGACCUUUAUUUAGCAACUUACCCUGACAGUACAAUUGCUGCAAAUUUGAAGGCAUGUAAUCGCUUCAGAAUGUUCAACGGUCAAGCAGCUGAACAAGACAUUAAACAUUUGUUAGACAACGGAGUUUUUGGAAUCGAAUUACUUCGUCACAAUCUUGUUGUCUUUCGAAAUGGUGAAGGUGCAUUGCAAAUUCUGCCUAAUCUACUUGACAUCAUACCUGAAGCUCGAUUAAAUCUUGCAAUUCAUCAUUUGAAGAGAAAUGAAAUUCAAGAUGCACAUCAAAUGAUUAAAGACAUUCAACCAAAAGUUCCGCAUGAAUAUAUUUUGAAAGGCGUUGUACAUGCGUCAAUGUAUCAAGAAACUGGAUUGAAAGAACAUGCAAAACAAGCUCAACAAUAUUUGCAUCUUGUUGGUGGAUCUUCGACGGAAUGUGACACAAUUCCAGGUCGUCAAGCGAUGGCAUCUUCGUUCUUUCUCUACGGUCAAUUUGAAGAAGUUUUGGUUUAUCUCAACUCGAUAAGAAGUUUUUUCAUUAACGACGACACGUUCAACUUUAAUUAUGCGCAAGCAAAAGUUGCCACAGGUUAUUACAAGGAAGCUGAAGAAUUGUUGAUGCAAAUUCAUAGCAUAAGCAUUAGAAAUGAGCACACGUUCUCAAUGAUUCUUGCUCGUUGUCACAUCCAUUGUGGACAUGCAGACCAAGCGUGGAAUAUUUUUGUGACCAAAGACACGACACCAGAAGCUUUCUCUCUUCUUCAACUUAUUGCGAAUGAUUGUUAUCGAAUCGGUGAAUUUUGGAUUGCAGCGAAAGCUUUCGAUAUGCUUGAGAAGAUGGAUCCAUCGCCAGAUUAUUGGGAAGGUAAACGUGGAGCUUGUGCUGGUGCUUUAUAUAACAUCAUCACGAAAAAGAAUUUUGGUGAGCCACCAAAUGGCAUUGGAGAAAUCAUUUCACUUCUCAGAGAUUCUUCAAACUCACAAGCCGAAUCAAUGUUGCGAGCUUUUCGUCGCUAUGCCAGCACUUUGAAAUAA